AUGACAGAUGCAAUGAUGCAUUGUCUGGAUGCAAAGAUUGCAUGCAUAAAAGGUACAAGGGAGAAGGUGUGCAGGUUCAAAGCCAUCAGCAAUAGAAUACACGCGUAUAUGGAUGAAAUACAUGCAUUUGAAAGAAAGAUAUGCGAGAUAGAUGCAAAGCUGGAAAAGUAUAACAUAGUGGAUGUGCUGAGCAUGAAAUCGUCGGGAAUCGAUAGAAUGAGCUUUCAGAGCGUUGUGUCUGUGAUGAAGGAGCUGAUGGCUGCAAGAGCACAGCUUGUUGGUGAAAAUGCGUCGGAAUACAUUGAUAAGUCAGACAGAUUGCUGAGAAUGGCAAAGAAAGCAGGAUUUGUAAAACUGAACGAAAUCAUAUACAAAUCUGUCGAGGCGUUGAUGGCGAUUCCGGAGUUUAGUGUGUUUAUUGGGCUUAUAGGCAAGGAUCUUGUGCACAAAGUAGAACUAAAGGUUCUGCAAUCAAGAAAGGCAGAGUGUUUAAGGAAGGCAGCGUGCAUCACAAGCAGCAAGGACAUUAUGUUCAAGCUGAUGAUCCAACAGGAACUGCAUAUUUUUGUCAGGCUUUUCCCAUUUGAACAGGAGGUGCUGGAGGUCCGGUUAAAGCAUUACGAAGAUGUAAAGGAAAUGUUCGAGCUUACGAUCUUUGGAUGCUUUGCAUUUUCGGUACUGAAGGAGUACUUCACAAGCUGCAAUGCAGUAGAGUUGAAAGCGCUUGGGGACAAAUUGCAUGGCGAAAUCCGUGAGUUUGAAGAAGGCAUGCACGAAAGUAUAAAUGCGAUUGAAAAGGAAGCGUUCUAUGCAUGCGUGUUAAUGUAUGUGUCUGCUAAAUGCUACAUGUCUGGUUGA